AUGGGUUCGAAAAGGGGUAUACCAUUGAUUGUGAAAUCUAAUGAUAACUGUUUGUCAUUUGUAUGUGGUGUUCAACUUUAUUUUUCAGCGAUGAAUGUCGACAUACACUUCAUAAGUUCUUCAGAGAGUACCACCGUAGGCAAUGAGGUAAACAUAUCCUGUCAUAUUGAAGGUGAUGACAUUGACUUUUAUGAUUUCUUUUACAUUGUGAGAAAUGGUUUACCUAUUUGUAAAUUUUAUAGAUACGCCUGUAAUAUGGGUAUCAUGGAGUACUUAACAUUAAUUAAUGAAUAUUAUUCCUGUGAAUGUGAUUAUGAUUAUUCACCACAACGGAAUGUGUUUUUAAAUGUAACAAUAAAGGCGACUAGGAAGGAGGAUAAUGGUAUAUGGGUUUGUGGUGCAAAGUCUAUCAACGAAUCAUUGUCACUGCAAGUUAAAUAUCCACCAUCUAUAAAUAAUAUUAAAAUAUUACCUGAUGAUCGUGAAAUAAAAGAAGGAACAUAUGUUAAACUAGCAUGUUUAGUUGAUAGUUUUCCUCAAUCCAAAUUAUCAUGGACUUUCAAUGGAGAACAAAUUAACAAUACUGGUCCAGAUGUUAUAAUAUCAAAAGCAACAUGUGAAGACUCCGGGAGUUAUACAUGUUGGGCAGUGAAUGGCGUUGGUGAUAAAUCAUCAGCAACUGGACAACUUGAAGUAUCUUGUGCUCCCAGAUUGAAACGAAGUCGAAUUCAGCGAAUCUAUGCUACUUUGGCAGGCUCUGCUACCUUAACAGCCACAGUCGUAUCAUAUCCUGUUCCAUCAUUUACAUGGAUACAUCUUUUAGAGGAUCAAACAGAGGAAGUUGACGAUACUGUUAAUCAUCAAGGCUUGGGCAAUAAUACUAAACUUGGUACUGGUAUUGGUAUUGGAUUUAUUGUUGGACUAUUGGUUAUGGGAAUAAUUGUAGUAAUAGUUUUCUUUAUUUGGAAGAAACGAGGAGAAACAGGUAUAAACGUCAGACAGCUGAUAUUGAAAUACAAGAAAAGAUCUCCUAAAAAAGAAACUGGCACCACAGAAACAGCACCAUCAACUUCAUCUUCACGACGUUGUACAACAGUAGAAUCUGAUGAUCAGACAUAUGAAGGUCUAGAUAUGGAAAAUUCUCCAAAACAAACAUACGAAGAAAUUAAUAUUUAUGAAAAUCAGGGUGCUGUAGCUUGA